AUGCAAGCAUGGCGGUAUGUGUAUGAACAUUACAGAGAUAAAGCCGAUUGGUUCUUAAAGGCAGACGAUGACACUUAUGUUAUUGUAGAGAAUCUGAAAUACUUAUUGAAAGAUUAUCAUACAAGUGAACCUAUUUUCUUUGGACAAUACUUUGUUCAACCUAAUAUAAAACAACCGUUCAACACAGGAGGACCAGGCUAUGUGUUGAGUAAAGAGGCAUUAAUGAGACUCGGAACAAGAGGAAACAACAGUAAAGAAUGUAAGCAAGAUGGGGAAUCUGAAGAUGGCCCAGACAGUAUGAGCCAAUAUGUAAUAUCAUUCCACUAUGUAAAGCCAGAUUUGAUGCAUAUCAUUGAUUUUUUCAUAUAUCAUAUGAAACUAUACAACGUCCACUCGAGCUGA